AUGGAAGUUUUCUUUGGACGUCCAAAGUUGAACAAAUCAUGGCAACUAGUGCCGUCAUUAGCAUCAUCUAUUCUACCGAAAAGUGUUAUACCUUUUCCAAUAAUAUUGACAGAAGAUUUGCUACCAUCUAAGAUGGAUGAUGAUGAUGAUGAUCAUGUUUCACAGACACCUAAACAGAUUAAAAUACUUCAAACGAGAGGUUGUUAUGGUGUGAGUAGAAAUGAUGAGUACAAUUUUAUGGAUAGAAUCAAGAUGACAAUAAGACAUUAUGAUACAGAUGAUGAUGAUGAUGAAGAGGUUGAUUACGAUCAUUUUGAGGAUGGAUCAGAUACAGAAAAUUCAAUUGACAAUCGUAUCUUCAAAGGUGAUGAUAUACAGUUAAAUGAAAAUACUUCUAAGACAAGUAAUAUAACACAAUUAUUCUUGAGUGACGUAGAGACAUUGUUCUUGUCACAUGGACUUGACUGUUUACAAGUUUAUUUGUCCAUGAAUGAAAACUCUCAAUCGAAUUUAAGUACUGGAUCUCAGCAUCUGGAACCUUUAUCUUUGUCAGAAGUUUGGUUUCGCCUAUGUACAGGAGAUGUUAAUAUGCCCUAUAUACAACUAGAAAUAGCACGUGAAAAGCUAGAGAAAUAUUCACAAAGAGAACUCAACUUAUUACGUCAUUAUGCUGUAUACAUAUAUUACAGAUCUAAGGGUUGGAUUGUACGUCCUGGAUUAUGCGUUGGAGGUGUUGAUUAUCUGCUUUAUGCUGAAAGUCCUAAUUUAAGACAUGCAUCAUUUUGUGUUCUGAUCGAUAGAAAUUCAACAGCCAUAGAUGGUGAACAAUUGAAAUGUGCUUCAGUAGCUGAACACACUCGUGUUGCACAUUCAGUUGGCAAGCGCGUAAUACUUUGUCGAGUAUGUCUUCCAUCGAUAGACGUGUAUGCAAACAAUCCAUGGGAAGCUGUUCGAAAACAACCAUUAAAGAAACACUAA